AUGUCCAUCCUCUCUUCAGACUCCUCCCCUUCUUACUCCUCCCCAUCCUACUACUCCUCCCCAUCCUACUCCUCCACCUCCCCUCCUUCCACCAACUCCUCCUCCUCCUCUUCCUCCUCCAAGGGUCUGUCCACAGGAGCAGUCAUAGGCAUAGUGGUGGGCGUGACUCUGCUGCUGCUGCUGCUCGGGGGAGUCGGUCUCUUCCUCUGGUUCAGGCACAAGAGCAAGGCCAGUGGGGCCGAUAAGCCUGGCCAGGCGUACGGGGGAACUGCGGCAGUAGGGGCUGAUCUAGAGGCGAAUAAGGGGUAUGCGAACCCGUAUUAUGCGGGCGGGGGGGGCGGAGGCGGAGGGGGAGGCCUUGGGGGAAGUGGAGGCGGGAGCGGGGGGUGGGGAGGUGGGGGAGGGGGGAGCGGGGGGAAUGGCAUGGCGGCUCCUGUGGCAGGGGGAUACGGGGGAUCGGGAGGGGCAGGAGGGGGAGGAGCAGCAGCAUAUGGGGCGGCAGCAGCAGGAGCAGCGGGAUCGUAUGGGGCGGCAGGGGGGGGAUAUGCGGCAGCAGCAGGGCCUCAGGCGGGGAUGGGACCCGGGAUCCACGACGCACAUUCCCACUGUUCUCCCUUCCCCUCUCCAUGCAACCAUCUUAUGUCUCAAACCAUGACUUUGUUCAGUUUACUCAAGGUAGCAGCCAUGGCGACUAAGCUCCACCCCAACCUGGUCCGCCUACUCGGCUACUGCAUCGACAUGAAUCCAGCAGCACUGGGCAGGGGCGACCUGAGCAUGGAGCACCGCACUGCACCGCACUGCACCCCUACUCCCAUGGGCUACUGCAUCGACAUGAACCCAGCAGCACUGGGCAGGGUCGACCUGAGCAUGGAGCAGAUAGUGGUGUACGAGUUGAUGGCUCAUGGGGACCUGAACCCAGCAGCACCUCACUGUACCCCUUCCUCCCCUCCCUCCCUCUCUCCCACUCCAGCGAUGGCGACAAAGCACCAUCCCAACCUCGUCCGCCUUCUAGGCUACUGCAUCGACAUGCACCCAGCAGCACCGCACUCCACCACCGGCGACCUGAGCAUGGAGCAAAUUGUAGUGUACGAGUUCAUGGCCAACGGGGACUUGGAGCGGUGGGUGGGGGAGGGGGCAGCACAGCCGCUGGGCUUAGCUGAGCGGCUCUCAGUGCUCAUCGGCACGGCUCAUGGCUUGGACUUUGGCAUCCUCAUUCUGACCACAAUGUCCGGCCACAAUGCACUGAAAGUGGAUGAGAAUGGCAACAAUUUCAACGUCAGGAAAUGGGCGGAGUCGUUAGUUGCGGCCGGCAAAGCGGAGGAAUUAAAAGACCCACGAUUGGACGUCCCGGCAGAUUUGAUUCUGCGGUUGGCACAGCUGGCGCUGCGCUGCACGGGCAUGCCGACCGUGUCUCGUCCUGACAUGAUCCAGGUGGUAUCUGAGCUCACGGCGCUCAGGAAGGAGUUUCUGGGGAAGGUGUCAUCUAGGAUGGCUGAGAGGAUUGAUGAGGAGGUGGAGUCCCAGAGAGUUGGGAAUUUCAGUGCGGAAAUAGCGAUGAUUGAAAGGCUGGCGUUUCAGGGGACGGGACCAAACGUUUUUGAGGAGGGAGUGUUCGUUUGUGCGGGGAAAAGCUCGCUGGAUGAUUCUUGGCGGGCACGUUAUGCUGCCCCGCAUCAGCUGGUGCUGCCCCGCAUCAGCUGGCAUAAGAACAAGGCCAGUGGGGCUGAUAACGCUGGCCAGGCGCAUACUGGAGCUGCGGCAGCAGCAGCAGCAGCAGGGGCUGAUUCAGAGGCCAAUAAGGGGUAUGCAAACCCGUAUUAUGCGGGUGGGGGGGGCGGAGACGGAGGGGGAGGCGUUCGGGGGAGUGGAGGGGGGGGCGGGGGGGAAGGCAUGGCGGCCCCUGGGGCAGGGGGAUACGGGGGAUCAGGAGGGGCAGGAGGGGCAGGAGGGGCAGGGGUGGCAGCGUAUGGGGCAGCAGCAGCAGCAGCCGCAGCAGCAGGGGGGGCAUAUGGGGCGGGAGCAGGGGGCCCGUACGGGGCGGCAGCAGGGGGGGCGUAUGGGGCGGCAGCGGGGGGGGCGUAUGGGGCGGCAGCAGGGGGGGCGUAUGGGGCGGCAGCAGGGGGGGCGUAUGGGGCGGCAGCAGGGGGGGCGUAUGGGGCGGCAGCAGGGGGGGCGUAUGGGGCGGCAGCAGGGGGGGCGUAUGGGGCGGCAGCAGGGGGGGCGUAUGGGGCGGCAGCAGGGUUCAGGCGGGGAUGGGGUCUGGGUGGCAUGUACCAGCAGCAGCCACAUCAGCAUGCCAACGUGGCACCACAGCAGCAGCAGCAGCAGCAGCAGCAGCAACCAGCAGCCUUCCAAUCACCUCCGUCCGUCUGUCAGCAAUUCGCCCUUGCUGACCUGGCGCGGGCCACCAGACUCUCAACGAGAGGUGAGUGCACUGCACCCAGCAACACCGCACCCAGCGGCACGUGUAUGCACCCGCAGCACUGUAGCUCGGGUUCUCAUCUCACCAAGACCUUUCAGAGAGAGGUGGCAGCCAUGGUAACAAAGCACCAUCCCAACCUCGUCCGCCUGCUGGGCUACUGCAUCGACAUGCACCCACCAGCACCGCACUCCACCCAGGGCGAUCUGAGCAUGGAGCAGAUAGUGGUGUACGAGUUCAUGGGUCGUGGGGACUUGGACCGGUGGGUGGGGGAGGGGGCGGCACAGCCGCUGCCGGUGGCGCAGCGCGUGGCGCGCCUCUCUCUCCCCUCACCGGGGGGCAUCGACAUGCACCCAGCAGCACCGCACUCCACCCAGGGCGACCUAGACUCAAACCCGCCAACGUCCAUCCUCCUUGAGUCCAAGAUCGAGGUGGCAGACUUUGGGUUACUGCCUCAUGUUCCUUGCCCUCCCACCUCCCACGCUUAA